CGGUUCGGCCCGGCCCGGCCCGGCCCGGCCCGGCUCGGCUCGCCCGGGCUCGCCCCGUGCUCCCCGCCCCGCUCCCCGUGACGCCGUCCUUGCCUUGCAGGGGGUCCCAGGAUGGCGGAGAGACCGGAGGACCUGAACCUGCCCAACGCCGUCAUCACGCGCAUCAUCAAGGAGGCGCUUCCUGAUGGAGUGAACAUUUCCAAAGAAGCUCGGAGCGCGAUAUCUCGAGCAGCAAGUGUGUUCGUGCUCUAUGCAACAUCAUGUGCAAAUAACUUUGCCAUGAAGGGGAAGAGGAAAACCCUGAAUGCUGGCGACGUUCUCUCUGCCAUGGAGGAAAUGGAGUUUCAGCGAUUUGUAGGCCCUCUGAAAGAAUCCCUGGAAGCAUCCUACACUGCAGGUUGCCUGGGGAUUAAUAAUGUGCACCUUAGCAGAACUGGGAUAACAUUAUUUCACAACUGAUGAGGAUUGAGAAAGUCUCAUCUGGUAUCAAUCCCCUAUUAUGUUAUCUAAGGAAAGUCUUAGGUGCUGCCUGUAAAUGUGAACUCCUGCGACCUUUUCAGCAUUUUUCUGCUGAAACUUAACCUGAUUUCCUAUGGAGCUGGUCAGCACAGCUCAAAUAA